CGUUGAGUACCAACGAGAUCAUCGCCGCUUCGCGGGCUUCACACGGAGCGUGUAAACUGCGCAUGCUCCUUGACCUUGCGCUCAAACCACGCCCACUUGAUGUCGUCAGACCUGAAACACCCAGUAUUUAGUCUAUGCCUUUGUAAAAAUCGACGCGUUUCAGAAAGGCGGGGCGGUAUGGACCCGGGUGAGAGGGGAGCUGGCGGUUUUGGCAACACUGGACUGUGACUGGAGCACUGAUGGCAGGAAAUGACGGUAGCUCUGGUAGUGAUCCGGAAAUGGAAGACGAAUCGUGUAGCGGGAGUGCAGGAGGGAGUGAAUGGUGGAAAGUAGUCAAUCGGAAAAGAAAGAAAAACAAUAGUCAAGGAUCAUUUACGGAUAGUGGAAAGGAGGAUCAUGUGAGUAGGAAAAAUAUAGAGGAAUACAAAGUAAUGAUGAAAUUUGCAGAACCUGGUAUGACGAUAAACCCGAUUAAACUGACCAAAUCUCUGAACAAAGCGUUAGGAGAAAUAAAUAAUGCAAAGACUCUGAGAGAUGGAAACUUGAUUAUCAUGUGUAAGGGCGAAAAACAACAAAAUAAGGCACUAAGUAUAAAUUCGAUGCUUGGAUACCCGGUAUCAUGCACAUUGAUGAAGACGAAGCCUUGGGUUAGAGGCGUAAUAACUGGAAUUCCUACUGAUGUACAUGCUGAUAAAAUGAAAAGUUGCGUUGAAGGGGGGAAGGUAAUUGGAGCAAAACGGCUUCAAUAUGUGAGAAAUAAAGAAAGGAUGGACAGUCUAUCGGUUAUGCUUCAGUUUGAUGAAGAAAGAAUGCCAGAGAGGGUAAAAAUAGGCUAUGUAAGUUACCCAGUAAGACCAUACGUACCUCCUCCACUUAGAUGCUUCAAGUGCCAGAAGUAUGGACAUGUUAGUGCAGUUUGUAGAGGAAGACAACGUUGUGCGAGAUGUGGGGGUGAUCAUGUAUAUGGUAAAUGUGGCGAAGGAGCGAAGGCAAAAUGCUGCAACUGUGGAGGUGAGCAUAGUGCUGGAUUUGGGGGAUGCAUUGCUCACAAACAUGCUGUGAAAAUUCAAAAUGUGAGAAUAACUGAGGGGUUGACUUAUGCUGAAGCAGCCCAAAAAGCAAAACAAAACGAGCAGAUACAGAGAGAGAUAAAAAUACAAGAAUGGACUGGGAAUGCUGUGGCUCAGAGAAAGAUAAAAGAGGAUAGUUUGGUGAUCGGGAAAAUUGAAUUUGUUUAA